GACUAGAGACUCGAGAUAAUGAUGUUGUUCUAGACUAUAGUACGGAAUAGGUAUUUUUUUUUGCGCUGCGUUCGUCGGUCGAUUAACAGCCAGCAAUCCGCGGCCACCGGAACGUAUUCGUACACGCCAACUGCAGUUAAAAGCGAUAAAAUAUUUGUUAACAAAGGUGUUGUAACAAUUAUAUCUUUUCCAUCACUUCCAGGCCGUCCAUACCACUCGAAUUGAUUCGCGAAACCGUACACCGUCGUCAUUGGUUAUGCACAGACAUCAGAUCGCGGUCUAGACAAACUAAUAAAAUACAAAGUAGGUUAUUGUAAAAAAAAAAUAACAUAAUACAGUACAUUAGGCAGCUAUGUCCAAGUCGUCGAGUGUAGCCACGUCCGGCUCGUCUUCGCAAACGCCAAGUGCGGUCAUGGCUCCGGCCGAAGACAACUUUGACUUUCUGUUCAAAAUCGUUUUGAUCGGCGACUGCGGCACAGGUAAGACGUGCGUAGUGCAACGGUUCAAAAGCGGCACGUACGCCGAAAACCAAGGCAACACGAUCGGCGUAGAUUUCUCGAUGAAGACUAUCAAGAUUGACGGCAAAAAAGUCAAGCUACAAAUUUGGGACACAGCCGGCCACGAGAGAUUCCGUACUAUCACACAAAGCUAUUACCGUUCAGCAAAUGGUGUUUUGUUAGUAUACGAUAUUACAAAACGGGCUACGUUCCUCAAUUUACAAAGGUGGGUAGAAGAAGUACGUCGUUAUACAUCGUCCAACGUUUUGCUCGUAUUGAUUGGCAACAAAUGUGAUCUAGAAGAGAAUCGCCAAGUAGAAUUGUCCGAAGCCGAGGCCAUGUGUGAAUAUUUUCCUGAACUGUUGUCCGUGUUGGAAACGUCGGCCAAAGAGAACAAGAAUAUCGAAGAGGCUUUUGUCACAAUAGCGUCCGAACUCAAAAAACGUCAUGAUCAGAGUGCUCACAUCGAAGACGAACCCAAUCCUGUAAUCAGUUUAAGCGAAGGCGAAAACGUUCAAAAGUGUAAAGGAUGUACACUGUUGUAAAUUAAGUGAAUAUUUCUGGUAUAAUUGAACAAAUUGAGGAGUGGUUAAAAUUCUAAAAUAAGAUUAAAUAUCUCACGUAACAUAAAAAUAUGUACGUAUAUAUAUAUAUAUAUAUAUAUAUAUAUAUAUACGUGUACAUAUUUUUUUAAUAUAUAUAUAUGCAUGUUUAAUUGAUUUAUUUCAAAUUCAACAUUUUUUUUAAUUAUUGAAUAGAGUUAUAGAGUUAUAUAGGGCAGCAAAACAUUUGUUUAUGUUAUUUUUCGUCUUUAAUUUUUUUUUUUCGUUACGAUAAUUGCAAAAUAUAUUCAUCAUGUACACGAUCUAUACUACAUUAAUUAAUAAUACGCAGUUAAUUGUUAACCGUAACGUUAGUGGUCUAAUUGGUGACCGUCGUUUUACUAUUUUACGAUUGCAAGGCCCACUCGAGUAACUAAUAGUGAAAUUUUGGAAAUAACUUUUAACGUUAGACAGUCUAGUGCGUGACUCGUUUUAAAUCGCUGUGAUUAUAUUCUAUAGAUGUGUUAUAGAAUUUACUGAAACAUAUUAAAAAUGUACAUAGAAAUUACCAUCCGAGUUUACAAUAUUUAUCUACUUGAAAUUUUUGCUUUUUUAAUUUUUUUUUUUUUUUAACAUUUAUUGUAAUAAGUAAUUUUCACUAUGCCUUUAAUUAUAUUAUAUAAAAACCGAUUCAUAAUCACUUAUCGUUGUAUUUUUGUAAAUUUAAUAAUUAAAUUUGCCGUAUAAGGUAAUAAUAAUAAUAAUAAUAAUAAUAGUAAUAGCGAUAACACUCGACUAAUCAAUUAUUGUAAACGCCCUGAACACGUUGGUGAUGGUAUUUUAUUUUUUAAAUCGGUAGCGAUAUAAUAUGAAUCGAUUUUUUUUUUUAUUACGUACCUUGAUAUAGUUACUAGUCACACAUAUAAAACGCCCAUAAAUAACAUAAAAGCUAUACCGUAGAAGUUCCUUUCUAUUCUGUACGAGUUAAUUAUAAUUAUUAUGUUUUUUUAUUUGUGAUUUAUAUGUAUAAUUAUAAUAUAUGGAUGUAUACAAUCGUAUAUAUUAUUUAAAUGAUAUUUAUAACAUUUUGGUUUUCUUUCUCGAUUUUAUAGCAGUUUCGAUUAACGAUUGUGCUACUCUGUUUUUGUUUUUAAACUAUAUUAUAUUAUACAUUUUUAUGUUUUAUUUUAAAUAUUAUCUACAUUUUUUUUUUUCUGUUUAUUUUAUCGUGUACAAUUUUUAUACUAACUUGGUGUAUUGAUUUUUUCGUAAUAUCGAGAUUUGCCUUGAUAAUAAUUUUUCGUUAUUAUUUUUGUCUAAUAUUCAUAUCGGUUGCCAUUUACGAUUUUUUGAUUUUAGUACUUAAAAAUAUCGAUAAUGAUGGCGUUAUAUUAAAUAACAAUUUAUAGAUAUUAAAAAAAUAAUAAUUUUAGGUACAUUUUAUAUUAUACACGGUGCACAUUGCUAUUUGUUAUGUUCAUGGGCGAUAUAUUAUAUUUGCUAUCGACAAUAUUAUUAACGUCAAUGCACCGUUACUAAUUGGUUAGACGAAAAUGAGACACGUUUAAAAUAAAACAAAAGAGGUUUUUUCCUUUUUUUUUCUUCUCUGCAAUCUUGUUUUAUCUCUAAUUAAUUACGAUUUCAUAUGAACAAACACAAUAAUAAUAUUAGUCACAAUAUCAUUCCUAUAUUAUAUAAUCUGUAACUUUUAUAAGAAAAUUAACUACUUUUCAAUUUUUUCUUGUACAUAUUUAUAGCAUUUGUUGUUUAGAUUUCUAAUUUUAAAUUGAUGUAUGUAAACGCGAUAAUAGGCGUUCCUCAAUCGUUCUGGUCUCGUAAAAAAAAAAAAAAAAAUUGUUGUAUAAUUGUACCUUUGUAUUGCACUCUGAAUUGUAUGAUUAAUAUUUAGUAAAGAAACGCGUUAAUUGUACUCUGUUAAACAAUUGAUACGAACAUACCAAAUGCCUCUUAUAUAUAAUCAUAUUAUAAUAAAAAAUAACGAUAAAUAUUAUCUAUAAUAAUUCUAAAAAGAGUUGUCUUUUUAAAUUUUCAUUUCAUGUUUCACAGACAUAAUAUAAAACCGUCAGUCUGGAGUCGGAGGGACGAUCGAAUGUUAACUCAUAUUUGACAACGAGGUAUAAAACUUUUCAUUAUAAUAUGUACGAUCAAAUUUUCAGAACAUUUUAAAGAAAUCAAAUAAAUAACUUAGUAAGUAAAUAGAUUCACUUACUCUUGUCUCUGACGCUUUGACCAGCGUUAAACUAAUUAUUUCCAACUUUUUAUAGCCACGCAAUUUUUUAAUUAUAUAAUUAUAAAAGUUCAUUCAUCUCUUGACGUAGGUACGUAUCGACGCAAGAACCCCCGACGGUGUUUGGAUAGAUUGAAA